AUGACUUCUUCGCAGCCCGCCGACCCAUACAAGGCGAAGAACCAGGACGAGCCUGGCCUGGAAGACAAGAUCAACGAUCUCAAUGGCUUCGUCAAGACAUCAAAGUUCGGCAUGAUGACUACACGUAUUGCCGACUCUGGGUUGCUAGUUUCCCGCUGCAUGGCUUUGGCUGCACAGGAAUCCGGUGGUAUCGACCUCAUCUUCCACACAAACACCCAUUCUGGCAAAACCUCCGACCUCGAGUCUGACUCUCACGUCAACAUUUCUUUCCUGAACAAUUCCGGGUCAUGGGCCUCCAUUUCCGGCACCGCUAGCGUCAGCGAUGACCGCAGCCUCGUGAAGAAAUACUACACGCCUACGUUGAAGACAUGGCUUGGUGAUCUGGGAGACGGUACCCAUGACGGCAGUGAGAAUGACCCCCGCAUUGGCAUCAUCAAAGUGAAAGCCAUCACGGCCACAUAUGCUGUCUCCAAGGGUACCUCCCUGGGAAGGGCUACCGAGAUGAUCAAAGGGGCCAUCACUGGUGAAGUCGCAAACGUCAACGACCUCAGAGAGAUUAGUGAAGAGGAGAUAAAGCAAUGGCGGAGUAGCCACUAA